ACUACUGUUGAAACGGCACCGUCUAAUAAUUCCGGAUCGUGUCAAACAAUACCCAUAUUUUUUUCCGGACUUUAUAAGUGUGUUAAUAUAGGAAGGGUUUCUAAGCUUGUGUACCAUAUCAAUUUCAUCGGCCUAGUGGAUUGUGUGUGCAUGACGUGGCCUCUAGUUAUUCUGACUUUUUUUGGUACAAAAACCAAUGUGUAACUAUAUUAAUGAUGUAUAAAAAGAUAUCGCAACAAUUUAUUUAUUGAGAGUUUCAAAUUCGCUCGGCAUGGUUCACGGUGUAUGGAUACAAUUUAAUUAACGCCAAGAGGGAGAACAUCUUUUCAGACCGUGUUGAUCACUAGAGGCCUUACCGGAUAGCUGGAACUGUAUGAGGUCGCCAACAAACCCUAUCGGAGGAUUUUCAGCACAGGAAGGAACAAGUGACGUAACGGUUACUCUCUAUACAUAUUGAGGAAAUCGGGAUUGUAGAGAUAGACCCAGCUCUAAAGAUAUUAAAAGAAUGCUUCAUCGUCAGGAUACACACAUUCACAGUCAUAUAUAAUGUAGUUGGGACCACCUGAGCCAUGGUUCACUUGAAUUCUCACCGUGACAGGACACCGGAGCACUGGCUACCCAAACACACUAUUUCAGAGGAUGUGAUUUUCGACUUACAUUGGAACUACCCAUGUGGAGUUAGCAUUUAUCGUGUACUACUUGUCUACCAUAGGACGGACUUAAGUUCGGAUAUGAGGAAAUGUCUAAGGGGGUAAAAGCCCGUCCUUGGAUCGCCGUCCAUACCAUCCUACCCCGGGGUAGACAGCCACACGCAGGUACACACUGUUGUUGUGGUUAUAGGAACAGGGGUGAUUGGAACUGAUUGACAUGUAUGUGGUUCCAGCUCUCCCAAUACGCAAUUUGUUAGUAUUCAUUCCCAAAUAAACUGCAACAAGCCUCUUGCAUGCAUGUAUAUAUGUAAUGUAUGUGUGUAAGUGUACCAGUCAGAACUAUAUCAUUACACGGUUAUACGUAUGGAAUUGUUCGUGAAUUACUUUUGGGGUUAUCGACGAAGACCUGGUGUUAUUUCUUCUUGGAGAUUGGAAAUACGAAUUACGUAAUACCAGUAUAAUAACUGGCGGCGAACAGUCCAGCAAUUCUCACGAAGGACUCUCGGUCAUUGCAUGUCAAAUCAUGCAAGUUCAAGGAGUACUUGUAUUUGUAUACUUUUAUCUGCUGUGUCCAACCAAUAUCAUAGGUCUAUGGUGGGCGGUGGGAAGUCCUCUAGUGAUGGAUCCGAAUAGCAUAUGCCGAAAGAGCAGACGACUUGCGGGAAAACAGCGGGAGAUUUGUCGGAAUGAGAUUGAAAUUGUAGAGGAAGUGGCAAACGGCGCUAAAUUGGCUCUAGCUGAAUGUCAGUAUCAGUUCCGAAAUAGAAGGUGGAACUGUACAACCUCACGGAAAACGCUGGCACGAAUACUGCGCCGGGACACACGUGAAUCAGCCUUCGUGUACGCGGUGACGGCAGCAGGGGUGGUGUAUGCUGUGACGGAGGCGUGCAGUAUGGGGAAGCUGCUGCAGUGUACAUGUGAUAAUGACAUACAGGACAUCACUACCGACGGGGAAUGGGAGUGGGGAGGGUGUGGGGAUAACGUCGAGUUCGGCUACAAAAAGUCCAAAGAAUUCAUGGAUGCAAGGAAGAAAAAACGACGAGGCGACAUAACGACAAUUAUACAACUUCACAACAACGACGCCGGUCGUAUGGCCGUUAAGGGUGACAUGCGCCCUGAGUGUAAAUGCCACGGUCUCUCCGGAUCCUGCACGUUGAAAACAUGUUGGCUGAAAAUGCCCAUUUUUCGCCAGGUUGGUCUUUCUUUAAAGGAGAAGUUCGAUGGGGCAAUAAAAGUGAUAGGGACAAAUGACGGGAAAGGUGUUCAGCCGGAGGAGGAUACCAUAAAGCCACAGAAUCACCUUGACCUUAUCUAUUCAGAAACGUCACCAAAUUUCUGUAAGCGGAACCGGAAACACGGUUCAUUGGGCACGCGCGGUAGGCAAUGUGAUCCGACUUCCAUGGGCGUAGGUGGCUGCGACCUCUUGUGCUGCAACAGGGGUUACGAGAAAGAGACAGUCCAUGUUAGGGAAAAUUGUAAAUGCAGAUUUAUCUGGUGUUGUGACGUUUUGUGUGAAACGUGCGAAAGUACGAAAGAUAUUUACAGAUGUUUAUGAGAAGUUCUCAUACGUUUGCAAUAGACACCACGAUGUACCGGAAGGUAUAUAGAACGAUAUUAAUAUAUUAACCAGACGCCAUGGAACAUAUCUGUGUUUGUGAACAUUUGGACGUAUUAUGUACGGCAAUGUACAGUAAAAGCACACAUAAACUUGAUCCAUGACUUUUGCAUACCGGGAAAUGUCGUCUGUAGUGACGGAGACCGCUUAUGACGUCACCAACUAUCAAUGUCCGUAUGCAAUGACUACCAUUGAACUCUAUUGUAAUUUCAUUAUCAUUAUUAUUAUUAUUAGAACUCUGUGAUAAGGUGUGCGAUUGAAGUAUGUAAAUACCUGUAUAGUUUAGUAGGGAUGCGUAUGCUGCCAGAUAUUAACAUUUUAGGUUGGUAUGGCAGUUUAUAUCAAAGUGAUGCGAAGUAUUGUAAUUUACAUUUUCCCAAAUCCGCUUCAACUAAAUACUUUAUAACAUUAAAUCAACUCCAAUUUGGAUAACUUCAAAAUAAUAUCAAGGUUUCUGAAAUAAAUCCAUGUGAAAUAUUAAAGGAACGUUCUUUAAAAGCAAAUACAAACGUAAUUUCAUUUUGUACGGGGUUCUAAAAAAUAUUUAUUGUUAGAUUUGCGGAGAAUUACUAGCCAUUCGGGUUUGUUACUCUACAGAAGAUUAUGGUAUUCCAGUCUAAAUGGUGUAAAUAGGGGUUACUGGACAAAAAACUUUAGAAUGGUAUCGUCUGCUGUCAUACAAACAACGUCAUUACUACCAUAUCAACCGUGCCUUACUUACUAGUAGCUAUAAAUUGUAUAUUUUAGAAAUGCAAUUGAUUAUAUUACAUAGAUUUGAAUAUUUUUGGCAUAAUUUAUUCUGUUUGAUAUCUUAACAUGUAGAUGUAUGGCUGACAACAAUGCGCAUGCGUCAACUAUUCAUCUUUUGUAUAACACUAGCGUAUAUAAGUAAUUAGAUAUAUUGUGGUGCGUCUAACGCAUGUUUUUGAAUAUUAAGCAAUAAAGUGUUUCGUCCGUAACAGAUGGGCGUUCUAAAGGUCGGUGCUGGUGAUGGUCGUGUGUACGAAUCCUGUUUCGCUUGACUGCAACAAACAUGGCCGCGUCUCGCUUCACUCUCUCAUCAAUGUUUGAUAAUAUUCGUAAAUUGGUCGUUAAUAAUUAUUUCAAAUGAAAGAUAAGAAUUUAGUUUACCAUAGUUUAGGUGCUCGUGGGAUUAAAGGGAUGUGUUUGUCUAUCUUGUCCUUGAAAUUGGGACGAGAUGUCUGUCUUACUAGAACAGGAAUAGGGACUGUAUAACUCGUCCUCAACUUGAAGAAUGUAGGUGUCUAACUCGUCCACAAAUCGUGGACUGUGGGUGUUCAACUCGUCCAAAACACUUGGUCUGUAGGUGUGUGACUCGUCCAUAAAAAGUUGAAUGCAGAUGUCUAACUCGUACACGAAACGUUGACUGUAAAUGUCUAACUCGUCCAAAACACUUGGUCUGUAAAUGUCUAACUCGUCCAAAUUUGUGGAAUGCAGAUGUCCUAUUCGUCCACAAAAAAGGAAUUGUUAGUGUCUAACUCGUCCAUAAGAUAGGCACUAGAAAUGUUUCUAACUGUCCAAAAUCGUGAAAUGUCCCAAAAAUAUUGACUGUAGACUCGUCCACCAUAUAGGGAUUAUAAAUGUGUCUAACUCGUCCAAAUUUUUGAAAUGCAGAUGUCCCUUUCGUCAACAAAUGGGACUGUAAAUGUCUAUAACUCGUCUAUCCUAAGUCGACUGCAUUUAUCUUUAAUGACUGAAAUGUGACGAAUCUGUCAGAAUUUUUUAUAAGUUUGUGUUUUCGUACCAUUGUUAUUCCACUUUUCUACAUUACUUCCUACGAUGAUAAUGACGUAAGCCACACUCUCUGGGUCACCAAAACGUUCUACAAACUGUGAUGAUUAUGAUUGGCGAAAAACAUUGUAUUACCUCCAAAUUUGAAAAUUAUAUAAAUGUUACUUAAUACCAGUGAGGUGACGACUAAAUUCUAGAUAUGUAGAACAAGGAUUUGAAUAAACUCUGUCAGAAAUUUAUUUGAUAAAAAUAAUCGAAAUGCGAAAACGCAGUUUGCUAAAGUUGCAGUCAGCCUGGUAGGCGAAGAUAGUCCAUACGUACACAGCCAGCCGGCCAGCAUAGCCCUUUAUCCAUCGUUUUUCAUUGUUGUUUCAUGUCCAUCAUUUAUAUAGGACAAAUCUCCAUAGCAGAGCUAGUGCUUCUUUUCCUGUCAAAAAUUGCCAUGUGUAUGUUUUAAGAAAAAAUAUUCAUAUUUUAAACAUUUUAGUAGAAACUCUAUGACAUUAAAUGUCUAUCGGUUAA